UUCCCGGAUGCUACUUGUUGUUCAUUGCCAUGACAAGAUACAAGGCUAAUCCUGGCAAAUUGUCAAAGACCAAGAAACCAAGCGUGUCUGCUACUAGCUCACCAGCUGUUUCGGACAUUGUCGUACCCCGAGCUUCUCAAAUGGCUGGGAAUCGCAGAAGAAGGUCGACAACCAAAGUAAAUCGGGCACCCAAAGUCCGAAGAUAUCGUCCGGGAUCGAGAGCACUGAUGGAAAUUCGUGCGUAUCAGAAGUCUCACAACUUGCUGCUUAGAAAGCUACCAUUUGCACGUCUGGUUCGAGAAAUUUCCAACUUCUACAGUAGAGAACCAUUGAGAUGGCAGGUGCUGGGAAUAGAGGCUCUACAAGAGUUAUCAGCGAAGUCAAGUGGCAACUUGGAAGAUGUUUUGCAACAGUUUUAA